AUGACUCGAGCGGCGCCGACAUCAAAAUCCGUUGUGGAGGAAACCUGGGAGAAAAUGAAUGCGGCAACAACUGCCCUAGUGGCUACAAUGGUAUACACUGUGCCAAAGGUGAACGUUGCGUAUGCGAGGAUGGCACGAAUUGUCCUGAAUUUGGCCCAUGUCAAUGUCCAAGCAAGCAUGUUGCUGCCAACGGACGAGCAUAUGGCUACUCAGUCUGCGGAACGGUCAAUUCAGAUGGAUCGUGCGCUUGAUGCUGGAGACCCGUCUUUAAAUAAUUUGUUGUCGGUAGUAUCAUCAUGUACUCGGGCUGAGCUCGUCGCGGACAACAAGAUUUGCUGA